AUGGACUCUUCGGCCUUACAAACGCUCAACUUCUACCAGCGCCUUCAAUUUGAACUGGAGGUUGAGAAGUUGGUUGUCCAAAACCGUGAACUUCAACGAGCGAAUGAUGAACUCAAGCAAAAACUAACUACAGCUUGCAAAAAUCCCUUCAAAGAUAACUUGUCCUUUGAAUUCAAGCAGAUUUACCAAAUGGAGAUACAGAGGCUGAAUAAUUGCUUAGAAAAUGAGAAAAAGCUUUCAAAAACCUGGCGAUUUGCCUUUUAUCAACUGGCUAGGCAAAUGGACCCAGGCGCUGAUCACGCAAGAAAUUCACUCGUCUUUGCAAAAGCCCUUGUACUUUUGGAGGAGGCCAUGAAUAAGAUAGAAUUUUACGAAAAAAAUUACACCUCCAAGAUCAUCCCCAACGAUUUAAACCAAAAAGAUAGUAUUAACGAGCAAUUACCCUUAUUAUCCCCCUCCAUUAGGAGCGUUAAUCCCAAAUCAAGUGAUUACCCUGGCGCCCAAACCUUUUUCUCCAAGUUAAAACAACAAACCGGUGAUACGAAUGAUACAAAACUGUUCAAUCCAAUAGAUGCCAAAUGUUUGGGUGAGCAGUUUGACGAGCUUAUCAAAAGCGAUCGCGAUGAACACGCCUCGACAGAUGCCGCAAUGACGGAUGUUACAAACGAGGACUUCAACUACUCAAACAGCGUAAUAGGAGAUACAAUAAAAGUCUGCUCAAAUGACGAUGAUUUUCCCAAUUCCAACAUAUGCUCCCCUCUAAACUAUUUAAAUAUAGAUACAAAGCACACCGAAUCACUUGAUUAUGAUCCCAAUGAUACAGCUGUUAACGCAUCCCUUGACGAUGAGUAUGCUAAUGACAGCGACAACAAUUUUUCGCCUCAAACCUUCCCAAUUAACAAUUUGAAUACGAUGGAUUCGCCCAUAACACAACACAAAGAAAUCGCAAAUCCCCAUUUAAAAUUUUUAGACGACACCACUAGUGCCGAAGAUGAGGAUGAAAAUUCACAAACAAACUCGCCGAAAGAUGUAAGCACAAUAUCCGAACACAUGAAUUCGGAUGCGUUAUUCCUCAUUGAAUCUUCGCCUCAUCUCAAACACUUAUCUGCCAAAGUACAGCAAAACAUAUCCAAGCGUUUGCGUCACAUAUCAUUUUACCCAAAUGCCUCUGUGAUAAUCCAGGGCGAAGAUCCGGAUGGCUUCUACAUAAUAGCCUCUGGAACUGCAUCAAUCAGCUAUUAUGACGGAGCAGGAUAUCCGUUAAUUGAAUGUGACAAAUUGGGUUCGGGUGACAUUUUUGGUCAUCAUAACAUAAUCUCCGGCGAACCACAUCCAGCAUACAUAGUGGCUAAAUCCCACCUCAAAAUCUUCAAACUAUCACUAGAUGACUGGAAUGAGCUUUGCAUGGGUGAAUUGCUGGUCGAUAUGGUUCCUCUACCUCUUCCACCUGUGGUAAAUUUAUCUAGGGAUGAGUUAGUAGAUUACCUUAUAAACUUGAAUGAAUUUAAAUACUUGAAAGUCAGUAAGAUCGCCAAGUACCUAAAGGUACACCGUCUUUCUCCUGGAGAGAGAAUUUCUGAUGAAUUUUCAAAUGAAAACAUGAUUAUAGUGAAAAGGGGCACCAUUGGUGAUCCAAAAUCCUCCAAAUACUUUGUAGAAAACAAUAUAAUAUACCCAGAUACCGAAGACAUGCAUUUAAAAGCAACUGAUUACUGCCUAUUGUUGACACUAAGUGCGGAUAAAGUCAAAAAAUAUUUUCCAAAGGCACAAAGCGAGGAAUCGCCUGGUAACACGAAUUCAAACAUUAGUGUUGAGGGCAGCGAAACAAUUUUAAUGGUUGAUGGGGUAAAUCUGACUACUAGCGAUUCUUUUUCCUCGCAAAAAUCACACACCACGGACAAGCCAAACUCUAAACCAAAAAAAUCAAAUUCUGACAUCAAGUCCGAAUCAACAGAAUCUACAAUAAAAACUCCAUCUACCGAUAUACUAACCUCAAAAAAUAUAACAGAUUUAUCUACCAGUGCGGAUGUGAGCGUGAAAGACCAUCCCCUGUACAAUUUCUUCCGUUCAAUUGGCAAAAAAUCACUGCCUUCACAAGAAAGUUUCAAAACACCAUUCCCCUCUGGGUCCAACAUCUCAAAAUGGUUCGCCAGUUGCUUCGAAAAACACGUUUUAAAGCAGGAUUCCAGCAUUGUAUCCCCUGAGAUAUUCGUUGUUACCAAAGGAAAAGUUGCCAUGAAACACGUGGGUUAUUUUGGUAUAGAGACCAAUGUCGGAUCGAUCCCCCGGGGAAAAAUUAUAGGCCUAGACUCUGAAAUGGACUGCAAUUACUAUGUCCAAUCUAGCAAUGCAACUGUUUACAUAUUACCAUGUAAAUUGCAUGACAAAAUAAUUAUGUGCCUGAAAGAGUGGGAUAAGAUAACCACUUUUGCCCGGAAUAUAACUGGAUCCACUAGUGCUUAUAGUGAAAUUAUAAAUGUAUUGGCAUUGGGGCCUGAUGAAUCUGUUGGUAUGGGGAAAUACAUAGUAUACUCAGGCAAAGUAUCCACUGAGGAUGGAAUUAAGACAAUUGGCGACGUUUUCACAUCGGAGGUUAUUUCCAAACAAAAUUCGAUACUUUUAUCAUUACUUCUCCUCAAGUCGUGCUUGAAGAACGGGAAAAAAAAUACCGAUAAACAUGUCUCCUUUUCCACUAAGCAUGAAGUGGUAUAUUAG